CAGAGCUGACCCUUACGUUAGAGGGCUGUCCCACAAGGCUAAGCUGGACUUUGUAGCAGGGAGCAGGCUGAUAAACAAGCUGAGUAUAAAUAGGAAGAGGCGCUGGCUGCAGGAGAGAGCAGUCUGCACAGAACCAGGGGCAGUGCUUCCUCUCACCAUGUGGAAGGGCUUUGCUCUUGCCCUGGCUCUUUGCCUUCUCCCUUGGGGAGGGGCAGAGAGCCAGGGCCAUCGAAAGCGGUGUAAAGAACCGCCAGAAUGGAGCAUCGGAGACCAGAAUCCAAUGAUGCAAUCUGCUGGGAAAGUGACGGUGGUGGCCCUUCUUCAGGCUAGCUGAUCUCUGUGCCUGCUGCAGGCUUCCAGGUUGGAGGAUCUGCGGUUGAAACUGGAGAAGGAGAAAUUGGUGGGUAUUUCCUACGUUGUGGUUAAUCACCAAGGGAGACAAUCUCGGGCAAAGUAUGAUCUGCUGAAGUCUAAGGUCUCCGAGCACAUUCCUGUGUAUCAGCAAGAGGAAUACCAGCCUGAUGUCUGGAGCCUACUGAAGGGAGACAAGGAUGAUUUCUUCGUUUAUGACAGGUGCGGACGUUUGGUGCAACAUCUCGAACUGCCGUACUCACUCUUACAUUUCCCUUACGUUGAAGAAGCCAUAAGAAUUGCUUAUUGUGAAGAUAAAUGUGGGGAAUGUGAACACAAGAUACUAGAUGCUGAUGUUUGCAAGAAACCAGAGGAGCAGCAAGAGCAAGACAAACCAGUUGAAGAGAAGGUGGAGAGACCCAGACAUCACAGGAAUCACCAUAGACACCACCGCCCUAAGCACAGUGGGCACAGACACCGACAUCAUCACAGUGAAGAUGGCCAAGUGGCCGAACUUGAUGUCCUUAGGUCUAGCGCUCAAGCUAACAAUAGGGCUGGCAGUCAAAAUGGGCAGGGUCAAAGUGUUGUGCAAGUUGUACCACAGAGUGAGGUUUUAUUUGUGCCACAAAGGGAGGCAGACAUUCCAGUAUUAGCUCGACAGCCUUGAAAAAAGGCUAAAAGCUGAAAGAAACAGUAUUUAUGAGACUGGAGAGAGGAGGGAGGCAAGGCAUUUAACAGCUGAUGCUGACACUGACGACAGCUGUCAUUUGAAGUAACAGAAAAUGAAGUGGCUUGACACUGACAGGAGGCUUUGCCAUCUUCCUGCAGUUGACAAGAGCUGCUGUCGGACAGCCUCCCUGAAUCCUGACAGUGACGUCUGUCUGCCGCUGCAUGACAUUCAGAAAGCACAGGCCUGCCAGAGACAAAGCUAGAGUCAGAGCCCAAUGCCCCCUGAGCCUGACCUCAGGAGGCAGAAAACUGACAAUGAAAGGAACUCUGACGAUUCCUAAUGUAAACUGUUAGGAAUUUAGAAUUCAGUGCCCUGUUUGUGCAUUACACAUAGUAAGCCCAUGCUUUAAGCCCAUGUUUCUAAUCCUAUACACUCCACCAAACAAAGAGAAUGUACGAAGUUGGGGUAACCCCAUAACAAACAAUCAGAAUGUAACUUUUAUCAGUUUUGAUGCAGAUGUCUAAUCAGAGCUAACUGGUUGACAUGGGUUACUGUCAUCACUUUUAGCACGACUCCCCUUGUGGCAGAAAAUAGCUGUUAAUGGGCUGCUAAUCCAUCAGUGUAAUGCACAAUCUCCCAACAUCAUUAUUUAACUGUUUAACUGCCCAGGAGUGAAGCAAUUGAUUGCUGAGCAAUGAGUUGCUGAAACCUGGGCAUGAUAUAGUUAAAGCAGGCCUGACCAAGGGAGCCUUUAUAACAUCCUAGGCUAAUGUGAAUGCAGCGCACCUCCACACCACCACAGUGCCUCUCCUGUUCAUCACUUGAUUUGUUGCUUGCGUUAAUGAUGGCAGAAGCAUAAACUACAAAAUAGGGGCUUCUGUCUGAGUCUGGCAAACAGAAACUGGUGAAUGGCGUGAGAAGAUUUUGCUUAUGCAAAAGAAUAAUUUCUAUCAUUGAGAACACAAGAUAGCAUUAGAAUAUUGUAGACUGAAUAUUAUGUUCUUUGGUGACUUAAUAAGGGAACUCUUACUGUAACUGCCAGCAACCUCCAGCGUUUUUGGAGGUUACUGGGAGUUGUCAAUAGAGUGCCAUUGUGAAGCCAUCGCAUACCAGGACCUGCCAAAGAUCGCAGGUGUUUUGCUUUAGUUAUUUGCAUUUGUAAUGAAUUUUAUUGCUGAUAUUACUGUCUUAUUCUUUGUAUGUAUGAACUUUUUGUAGUGCUUUUAGAGAAGGGUUUGGAAGUUCUUUGGUGAUGGGCUGCAUUGUUAGUAAAUGCUAUAAUCAAUGACGGUUUCUAGGGAAACAAACUCCUACAUAACCUGAAUAAACCUAUAUGGCAUUGCUAAGUAGCAUUAAUGCAGUAUGGGAAGCCAAGUGAGAGUGUAUUUCUAUAAACAAUAAAAUUCUACACAAACUA